UCUCCAAGUGGUCGUCGCAUACGUUUUCGCUGGCGAGAGUGUCCCCCCUCCCUCCGCCCCGUUUCAGUACGAGGGUGAAAAUUCAACGAGUCUCGAGGGCAAUUUCUGUCGGACAGUCGACAGAUCAUAGGAGCCAGUCUUUUUUCGUUCCUUUUUUUCCACGAACAGCAAUCGUUCUCGACAGCGUGUAACGGUAUAUCUCGCGGGACGGGGCGGCCUUCGGCCUGACAAAAGGCGAAGACGUAUACGCGCGUCGGGCACGCACUCUCCUCCGGAUCUCGGACCAACCCCGGACCGCCCUCGAGAGGUCCGACCGCCAGACCGCGCCAGACCGUCGGAGGGAGCGGCCACGAGAGCGCCCGCGUCCAGGACCCCGUGGGACCGCGUCCCUCGCAGAGCUCUCCUUCGCUCCGAGCUAAGGGAACCUGGUUCCACUAGAGACCAACGAGUCCGGAACAACAAGCAGGAUCCGAGGGAUGUCUACCCCUGCGAGAAGGAGACUCAUGAGGGACUUCAAGAGGUUACAGGAAGACCCUCCUACCGGAGUGUCUGGUGCUCCGACAGAUAAUAAUAUCAUGAUAUGGAAUGCCGUCAUAUUUGGGCCACACGAUACACCUUUUGAGGAUGGUACGUUCAAACUUACAAUAGAGUUUACGGAAGAAUACCCGAACAAACCACCCACAGUGAGAUUUGUCAGUAAGAUGUUCCAUCCUAAUGUAUAUGCCGACGGAGGAAUCUGCUUAGACAUCCUGCAGAACCGCUGGAGUCCAACGUAUGAUGUUUCUGCAAUUUUGACAUCUAUACAGUCUCUUUUGGACGAGCCGAACCCGAAUUCUCCGGCAAAUUCUUUGGCAGCACAAUUGUACCAAGAGAAUAAACGGGAAUACGAGAAACGAGUGGCUACCGUUGUCGAACAGUCUUGGCUAAACUUUCAAGAGAGUCAUACGGAGGAUCCACGCUGACAUUAGGUACUUUCAGAGCUAGAGUUUUGAAAUAAUUAUGGAAUCGCACCGUGAACUUAUGUGAUUGUUACUUAUAAGUAUAAUCAUAUUCCUGUUAAAAAAAAAUGAUAUAGAAAAACGUAGGUAAGGAUAGGAUUUCUGCCACAUCUUGUAAACCUGUACAUAUAUCAAUUUAUGUGUAAACUUGUGGAAUGAAAUGCCCGUAUUAUUAGAUGUCUCGUACAAAAUUCCUACGCAAUUAUAUUACUUGCAUUACCCUGAGUGUUUAUGCACUUUAAAAAUCAGUGACAGAAAUCCUGUCUGGCCCUGUACACACAAGAUAGGAGUAAAGUUCCUUUUUUCUCUUCUUCAAUAUUCCAAUUAAAAUAAUGAACGAUGCAUCCAAAAUCUUGAAAAGUAGACAUUGAUGUUAUUCAUAGAAUUUUAUAACAGCAACGUAAUAUUUUUACUUUGUUCUUUCAAAAAACCUGUUCGGAAAAAAUGUUUCUUGCUGUUAGACAUCUAUGAAAUGCCUAUAUAUAAGUCUGGAAUAUGUACGAAAGUAAGUGCAAAAGAAUGUAUGAAGGUGAACAGAAGAAAAGUUCGCCCAUUAAGAUAAAAAUAAAGAUACUUUAAUGAUCAUCAGGUUAGUUACUGAUCAUUUUGAUUUUGCAUUUUCACGUACAAUACUUUAUAUAAAUAAGUAUGAAUUAUACAAGCAAGGCACUUUGUACCAAUAUCAUAAUUAUUCCAUUUACUCAUUACUGUUAAGACCGCCAAAUAUUUUAAUUAUUUUAUAAGAGUCGGAUGUAUAUACAAUGUUUAGAAACUACUACGUUUGAUAUAUCUUUGUAACGAGUGGAUUAGCAAAAAUCGAAAUCCAUAAGGUACAGGUGGUAUACAAAUGUAAUAUAAAGGUGCGAAUUCGAAUUGGAUUGAAGCUAUUGCACACGAUGACUACGUCAUUGUCUUUACUUUCUAAUGAUAGGUUAAUAAUAAAUCAAUGAUACAAAUGGAUAAAAGAAUUGUUUUGUCCAUUUGUACACGUCCUUUUUAUCAGA